AUGUAUUAUGUAAAAAAAUAUGAGCAUAAAUUGUUGAGUGACACUCUACGAUUUUUAGGUUUUACGAUCAAAUGGGGGAUACAUGAGAAUGGAUAUUGGUUGACAAAUAUAAAUUAUACUUUUGAUUAUAUACUAUCCAAUUUAAUAAUAAAAUAUUUUAAGGAAAAAAAAGUUAAAUCAGUUGUUGAUGUAGGGUGUGGAUACGGACAUUAUGUCAACGAAUUAAAUUUUCAUAAAAUAAAAUCAGUAGGAUUUGAUGGAAAUUAUAAACUUAUUAAUUCAUUGAAUAAUGAGAAUUUAUAUGUACAUGAUGCAACAGAUGAAUAUUUGGUAUCAAACUUGAUGAAUAAGGUUGAUAGAAUGAAGAGUGAUCAAAAUGAUGAAAAGAAUAAAAUUAUAAGAAAUGUAGGGAAAAGCUUAAGAGGAUUUUUUAAUUUUGAUUAUGUUUUGUGUUUGAACGUAGGUGAAUAUAUACCUAAGAAAAAAGAAGAAAUAUUCUUAAAAAAUUUAGACAGGUUAAAUGAUAAGGGCAUUAUAAUAUCGUGGGAUAAACCAAAUAGUUUUAAUAUAGGAACCAUAAAUGAGAAGGCUGAAACAGAAAUAUUGGACGUUUUUUUAAAUAAUUAUAAUUAUACAUAUGAUGAAAAGAAUAGUAAAAUAUUCAGAGAUAGUUGUAACAAUGAUGUCCAUAAAAAGUGUAUUUAUAUAUUUGAGAAAAAGAAAAGAUAA